AUGUUCCGCAGUAAUACAGAGCUGAAAAUUCUCUUUCUUCUAGCUGGCUCUUUGGUGGUUUCCAGCCUAUUUCCCGCUCCACUUAUUUACCAGUUUGAUGAAGGAGAAUCCAUCCAGAUAUCAUGUUGGGCGCCCAGGGCCUACACGGAUGCCUGGUUUGAUUUGUUCAAAGGGGACCAAUCUCAGCCAGCGCAGACUCUCCCUGCUGCAGAGACACACCAUCAUGUUACCUUUCUUCUGGAGAAUGGCACUACCAGUGACGGUGGCCAAUACAGGUGCCAAUAUCGCCUGUUGAACGGGAGCCAAUGGCAGCGCUCUGAACUCAGCUACAUCCUGGAGAUUACAAUGACAACGCCCAGCUUGAUCCCCUCGCCUCCUCCAACAAGUCUUCCAACAAGCUCUGGCUCAAACGGUCCAGCCUGGGUUCUCCCCACAGCCCUGAGCGUGACUGGAGUACUGCUUCUGGUGAUGAUCCUGGUGGUGGCCGUGAUAGCAAUUGGGCGUUUUAAAGAAAGAAGAAAGAAGAAAAGGGAGCUGGAAUCCUGCUGGACAGAAACAAGCUACCCCACAACAGAGACAUCUUUUGAUAACAGCUUGUUCACUGUUUCGGUGGAGGUGAGCGUGGUCUAGUGAUGUCACCAGGACACCUGAAGCUGAGUGGUG